CAGGACGACGACUACAUAUCCGCUGAGCAUCUCUUCUAAAUGUCAGUGUCAGAUGUGAUAGUUAACCGUUAGUUCAUCAUGAUGGAAGACAUGGACCCACUCGGUAUUUUUGUUGUGACAUCGGGAACCCGAGGGGAUCGUUUAUUAUUCCGUUACCCUUACGAAUCCGAAGACAACCGGUACACCGUAUCAAGAGUGUAUGGUCGAAAUCCUUAUACUACACGAUCCAAAGUUGCUGAGGAUCAUCAUCGGAGCAAGAGUACUGUGAUCCCUUCAGGAAGGAACGCAAACUUGAACUGGUUUUCAGACAAGAUUCUGACAAAUUUGUUAGCUGUGAAAUCUUCCCUCUGCAAAAAGAAGUUCAAUGUGAAGAUCGAUGAAAUUCGCUUCAUCGGCUUUCCGAUGAAGAUGUACCAUGUGGACAGCAAGCCGUCGUCAGCUGGUCACAUGAUCAUCACCGUCAAUGUCGUGUUUGCACUUAAUGCCAAGACUUGUACAUCUGCUGUUGACAGCUACCACGACCUGGCCAAGCAGCUGUCUGUGACUGUCUGUCAUGAGGAGAGACGGUGCCAGUAUCUGUCAACUCAAGCUAAGAUCAUGAUGGCCGUCCAUGAUGAAGUGGCUGCUUUGCCUGAAGAUUCGCUGGAACCUCCCUUUAAGCUCAUACUGCAGAGGUCUCAGCUGGCCAGAGAACUCAAGUCAGUCUUCGACAGCCUGGUGUCUACUGGCGUGGUUCAGAUGCACAUCAACCGCUGGAUCCAGAUUAACUUCUGUCUGCCACACAAAAUACACGUCAUUACCGUCGCUAAUAAAGUCAUGCACAUUGAGCCUGAAGUCAUACAAAAGUGCCUAACUUCACUGAGGCCGUACCAUGGGUUCCUGCUGCUGGUGGAGGAGCAAGAGCUCCUGGACUCCCUCCCCAUGGAUUGUACCCCCACACUGGUCCGACUGGUCCAGAUCGCCAGUCCCUUGAAGAAUCUGCAGACCUUGGCUCUUGAUGCCGACCUCAGUCUAUCUCAGGUAUUUCAACUGGCAAGUCACCUUGUGUACUGGGCCAAGGCGACAAUCAUCUACCCUCUGUGUGAGACCAACAUGUACGUCCUGUCACCCCAGGCCAACACCCAUGUCAACUCGUCUCUAGCAGAGGUGUUUGUGGAGCAGUUUCCCACCUGUUCUCUCCACAUGGAGAUGUCGGAAUUCUCCCUGCCCACCCAGCUCCGGGUCAACCGGGACUUCCUGGAAAGACCCCACCAUCAGGCCCAGAGAGUGCAGAAGGUUGUGUGGAUGCUGCGUCAUCGCCUGCUGAUGCAGCUGCACACGUACAUGUUCCUCGUGCCGCCGGUGUCGCGGAGGGAUUGGACGCAAGACGCCAACCUUCAGUCUGCCAGUGAGCUGCCCAAGGUGGAGGAGGAAUCCUGGCUGUCCUAUUUCCUGGACGAUUCAGGUCUCAACCGCCCACCCAGCCCUUCUGACAUCGCUUCAGUGAACAGCGAUGAGAGCAUUGGUCCAGCCCCGGGGGCCCAACAACUGAGUCAGCUGUCCAAGUCUCCAUCUGUGGGAGAGAUGAUGAGUGACGGCACGGUCAUCACCGAGGAGACCAAGGCUCAGUGGAGGAUGCAGGAGUCACUCCUCUCGGUCGUCACACCGGAGGUGAAGGCAGCCAUCUUGAAAUGUCCCGCAGCCAAAAAUACUGAAGAUCUUAAAGUUUUUGCAAGGUUGUGUCCCUACUUUAAUGGGCAAUACCACCUCGAGGAAAUCAUGUACUUUGAGAACCUGAGACGAUCCCAGCUGAUAACACUUUUGGACAAAUUUAAGGAGGUGCUUAUACUGUGUAGUCACCAGGAUCCAGCCACAGCCUUCUAUGCUGGUUGAUCCAACCACAACCUUCUAUGCUGGGUGAUCCAACCUCAGCCUUCCAAGCUGGGUGAUCCAACCUCAGCCUUCUAUGCUGGGUGAUCCAACCACAGCCUUCUAAGCUGGGUGACCUAGAUGGGGCUGCUCAUGGCAUGCGAGAACCUCUUACUCCACUGAAAACAGGUCCCCAGCAACCUAUGCUUGUUACGGGAAACUAUGUGGAUUGAGUGAUCUGGCUCAGUAAUUCAGUGACUCAAGAAGUCCUGGACUGCAAGGACUUCAGAUCUCGUUCAAGGACUUCAGAUCUCGGACUGUUGUUGAAACAUGACAUCAUUCAAGUGACUGUUAAUGUCCAACAACACACUGAGCUAAACUACCCAGUAUAUGGCAUAUUCUGAUUGUCUGUUGAGGACAUGUAUAUUGUGUAAUGACUGCAAUGUGUCCAGGUCUUUUAAUGUUGAGCCAUCCCUGUGAAGAAUUGAGUUAGAACAGGUCUUCAGCAACCCAUGUUUGCCAUAAGAGGCGACUGCGAUUGUCGUAAGAGGCCACUAACGGGAUCAGGUGGUCAGGCUCACUGACUUGGUUGACGCAUGUCAUUGUAUCCUUAUU